AUGCCAAAACACCCAGAUCCCCAUGCAGGUACCUUCCUUCCAUCUCCCCCUCCACCCCCGCCAAAGCUAACUAGUACACCUCAGGCAACCCCGAUCACGCCGCCCUCGAAGCCACCAAAGGCGCCGUCAGCGGCGCAAUCCGGGUCCUCCCCCCGUCACUUUCUCCCCCCCUACCGCAAAACUGACAGCCCCGCAGUGGGGCGCAUUCUCCCUCAUAGCCGGUGCAGCAGCCUACCUCUCCAGCCCCAUCUUCCGUAGCCUGACCGUGCAGUUCAAAGUUUAUCUAUGGAUGUGCCCGACCGUUGUUGGGAGCAUGAUUGAGGCUGACAAGUAUGUUUCCACCUGUACUGCACGAGAAUGGGCGGGGGAGGGAGGGGCUAAUUGGGCAGUCGGCUGCGGGGCUACGAGAGUAUGGUACGCAUGCGCAGGCGCGCUGCCAUCGAGGAUGCGCGGGAGCGGGCAUACGUGAGGGAGAUUGAGGAGUUGGAGAGGAGGGCGAGGGGAUGAGGAGUGUGCACGACCUGACGAGGUAUCAUGGGAGAGGAAGCUGGAGGGGGUUGGUAUACCAUCACUUGG